AAUAUUUUAUAAUUGUUUGUUCAACAAAUAUUAUAGUAACGAAAUAGACAGUCCUAACAAAACGUAUGAUUUCUUUUGUGUCAGUGUAUCAGCUGUUACCAUUGCAACUUCUUCACACAGCUGUAUUUAACUGCGUACAAAGCAAUGAACGAUCCAAACAAGGCCAUUAGUGUAAAUCUCUCCUCGCUGCUCAGCCUGAAGGCGGAAUUGCUGAGGAAACAGCAUGAGGUGAGGGUGGCCAAAGCCACCAAGGCAUCCGCCGCCGAUUUUCGGCCCGCCAAGAGCAGCGGCGACAACGAUAAGUCUAGUGAGCGGGGCUACAAGAAGGUCGGAAGCAGCGGCGAUGGCGCAAAAGUGUACGAGGCUGAGGACCAUGCCCAGUUGGAGAAGUCACGACGCGUCUUGGAGGCCAAGAGCAAGUACUACGACCGGAUGAUUCGCAAUGGAGGCAGCCUCAACUCCGAUGAUAACUGCCUGGUAAUGUUUAACCGCAAAAAACAGGAGGCAGACCAGGAACAGGAGCAUCCCUCCCAGAGGUGUGAUUCCCGCCAGCGACUGAGUAGCAGCAGCAGCAGUUCCAGCAAUGAUGAGGAAGGCCACGACGAUGAUGAGGUGGAGUACGUUGAUUGCCUGGGACGCACCAGAAAGUGUUUGCGGAGGGACUUAAAGGAGGCACAGAAACGCGACAAGCUACUUGCCGAGAGCAUACCGGAGCGCCUUGAUCAGACCAAGGCCAACUGGAUGAUAGACACCAAAGGCAGCCGCGAGCUAAACAGCAACCAAAACAGCGACGAUGACGAUGCUGAGACCUUUAUUGGGCCACGGCCAACAGAGAGCGUCUUCAGCGAGGCCCUGUCCACGAUGACCAAGCACGAUGAACAGCGCAUGAACUGGGAGCGAAAGGAGCAGGAGAAUUUCGACAAGCCCGAUGUCCACUACCAGGAUGUCUUCUUCGACGAAGCGCGCACCCACGGUGUUGGCUACUAUGCCUUCUCCACCGACGAAGACGAGCGCCGGAAGCAGCAGUUGGAACUGGAAAAGGCACGCAAAGCUACGACUGAAGAACAGACACGACGAGAUGAAAUGCGCGCGAAACGGGACAGUCUCGUGGCAGAUCGAGUGCUAGCCGCCAAAAACAGGAUUCGAGCACGCAACGGCUUGCCCCCCAUCAGCAAGGAAGACUACCUGCGGGAGGAACAGCAAAAGAAGGAUGAAUCAGCGGCCGAAGCAGCAGAAAGAGAGCGGGAGGAGCAAGAAAGGAGGGAAGCCGUCGAGCGGAAAAAAGAAAAGGAGGAGGCGGAAAUGGAAGAAUUGCGCAAGGAGCACGUACGCGAUUGGGACAAAGACAAACCUGGUGUGGCGAAGCGACGCGACUCAGACAGCGCCGAGCCACCGGAGGAGGAGUGGAAGUACAAGGCCGAACGCCUGCCCAUGUCCCAGGAGGAGUGGAAUGAGAAGCAGCGUGCCCAGCGGCAGGCAGAAUUUGCUCCCAUGCCAGAGCCGGUUCCCCUCAAGCGCAGCAACUUCAGCAGUAUGCCUCCGCCACCGCCUUCGGAGUGGAACAGUGGCCAGGAGCCGGAGUUCCACAACUUUCACAGCACCAGGCAGGAAAAGAAGUUUCAGCGACGGAGCUACAAUGCGUUCAACCAAGACGAAGCUGAUGAGCAACCGAGCACAUCCAGUCGUGGUAUGGGUGCUGCUAUUCCCCCGCCUGCUGGACUAGAUGACAGAGCUCCACCAGCUAAAAAGCCCAAGUCCCAGGCCGACCUAGAGCGCUCCAUCGAAGCGGGUCUCAGGUUCCUGCGCGAGAAUUGCGACAAGGGCGUCCUAGGAAACAAAGCCACCUGGACGGCCAAGGCGGACUACUAAGUUAAG